AUGUGUAAUUACAAACAAGCUCUGUACCAUUUAGAAGAAACACUUCGUAUUCGAAACAAUUAUUUGCCGCCUAAUCACUACAUGAUUGCGCAAGUAUACAAUAACUUAAGCAUAGUUUACCGUCUUAUUGGUGAUCCAUCGAAAUCUUUAAAGUGCGCCGAACUAGCACUGACACGCCAGAUUCAAUCAUUACCGGAGAAUCAUCCACAUCGAGGUGCAAUGUACAAUUCUUUAGGUGACGUCUAUCAUUCCCAAGGACAAUAUCCAAUGGCAUUAUUAAAUUUCGCGACAGCUCUAAGCAUAUAUAAAAACGAACGUAUCCGAAGUGCUCUCCGCGAAACAGUUGCACAGAGCAAUAUUGGCUCUGUUAUGAUGGCCCAAGAAAAUCUUGAUGGAGCUCUGAAGAUAUUUUUACAAUCGCUUGCAACUAUUGAAUGUGAACAACCACGCCAUCCUCGUGUAGCUCUUUGUCUCAAUAACAUCGGAUUUGCCUAUAGAAAUAAAGGUGACCAUUCAACAGCUAUCAGUUAUUUUAAUCGUGCACUUAAAUUUUGCCAAUCGUAUCUGCCGGAAAAUAAUGAGGCAACAGCCAUCAGUUAUCUCAGUGUAGCGUCAGUAUUAACUGAAAAUGAAUACAACUUAGCUACGGAGUACUUUGAACAUGUCAACUCGAUUUAUAACCAUAUUGGUCUACCACAUCAUCAAAACAUUAUCCGUUGUCACAUAUAUCGUGGCCACUUGUAUCGCAAAAUACGUGAUCAUCAAUCAGCAUUAUCUUGCUAUAAAGAAGCAAUUUUUCAUUGUGAAAAGGCUCCACUUCCACAACGACAUCCCUUGUGGGUUCUGAUUUACACAAGCUCUGCGCUUGAAUACCAACUAAUGGAUGACUUUAGUCGAGCAUUAAUAGAAUAUGAAUAUGCAUUACAGCAUAUUACUGAUGAUUCACUCGAAAUUCCACGGAUCCAUAAUGCAAUAGAUCUUUGUCGUCGUAAAAUAAUAGAAACCGAUGUUAGUCAAACAAUCGCAUUUAUGCUAGAUACAUUGGGCAAUAUGCAGUAA